AUGGGUCAAACACUGUGCUGCAUUCACCCUCGUCCCAAGCCUACCAGUGAAAUGAAACCCGAAAUCUAUGUCGAAGAUAUUCACUGGAGCAAUGUGAUCACUAAAGUCGAGGAGAAGCGUCAUAAGGUGCUUUCAGGUCGAAUAAGCAGAGCUGAGACACUCGUCGACGCGUCUUCGAAAUCUGUCCUCCACAACUCCCCAAGGAUGGAACACCCAUAUCGAGUCAGUGAAAGCCAAUUGGCAUUCUUUGAAGAAAAAGGCUAUCUUAUCAUCAAAGACUCUCUUUCGGCAACGGAAACUCGCCAGCUUCAAACCUGGGUUCAAGAAGUCCAUGACCUUCCCCGCACCAUGGAUUGCUCAUAUAUUCCCUAUGAAGAAGUCAAUACUUCAGGGCAGAGGGUUCUAUGUCGCACUGAGAACUUCGCCAACACCCAUCAAGGAUUCGGAACUUUGCUUCGUGGUAAAAUGCUUUCCGGUAUUCUGGAGCAAUUAAAUGGAAACGAGAUGUUAUUGUUCAAGGAGAAAAUCAAUUUCAAGUUUGCCGGCUCCGGUGGUUUCCAACCUCACAUCGAUCGAACCGGCUAUGGCGACUUUAAGAAGCUCCAGCAUCUCGCUAUUCUGAUUACUGCCGAUGAUGCCGCUUCACUCAACGGCUGCCUUGAAGUCGUUGAAGCAAGUCACAAAAUGGACGUUCCAAUUGGCAGUGAUAAUUGCAUCACUCCAGAAUGGGUGGCAGCUCAGAAGUGGGCCCCGGUCGAGAUGAAAGCUGGCGAGAUGAUGAUAUUCGGCUCAUCCCUCGCUCACCGGAGUGGUCCCAACGCAAGCUCCAAAGACCGCAGAGCCGUCUACGCCACGUACAAUUCUAUGAGCGAAGGCGAUCUCCACGAUGCCUACUACGAGAGACGUGCCAAGCUUUACCCAGCGACUCAUAAGCGAAAGGAGGGGGUAGACUACUCAAAAGGAGCUCAGAACUAUGCAUAUGGGACUCCGAUGCGUAGCAUCGAAUAG